AUUGUGCUCAUCACUACUGUAUCCUGUGGGGUUCACACCCUGGUUCUUGGAGUCACCAUUGCUCAGCAGCAGCAGGAGAACAUCCAGGGCUCAGCGCUCGCCAGACAGAUGCAUCUCUGUUGCAGAACAAUUGACUCAAAUGAUUGCAUGACCUCCUCUGCAUGCAAUCAAGUGCAUGCAGAGGAAACACCUAAAACAUGCAAGGCAGUUGUCCCUGAGGAUGGGACUUGAGAAAUGCUAUCGUAAACUAACCUGGGUUAAUAAAUGUUCUUCAGGGAUAGACAGGUAUGAACUUUUGUGCAGAAAUAAUUACAGUGUUCUUCUGUAAUUUCUGUAAGUGACUGAGUUUAAUGUUGUACUUAAAAUGUGGAGCUUAUAAUUUGUGAUGAUUAGAUUUAGUUAUAUGGGUUUUUGUGACAGACAAACAUGACCUAUACCAGCUUUUCCAUGCAGGGUUGUGGGGGUGCUGGUUCCUAUCUCCAGAAGCUCUGUCCAGAUUGAGUUACCAGAUUUAAAAGUGACAGAAGUAUUCAAGACAUAGUUCUUAGUUGAGGUCAUAAACGGGCCAUGGUCAUAAACAAUAGGUCAAGGCAAGGCAAGAAGAAACCCUACACAGGCUCUCAGGCAUUAUACAGUCUAGCAGAAAAUGUCUGGCUGGAAGGAACAUAUUUAGGCGGAGACAUGGAAGAGAGGCAGUAAUCAGACACAGGUACACAGGAUGAGAGUAAUAGUGGAAAUAAGCGCGUAGGGUUGUCGUCUUUCGGAAAUAAAAAUAGUGAACGCUUGCCACAGCUUCUUGGGGGGCAGAGCUAUUCAACUCUAACUCGGUGGAGUUCCCAGAGCUGUGGUAUGCAUUAUUUUAGGUCUGUGUUUUUUGUAAAGGAGUGAUCAAGAAACCAAUUACCGGUAGUCAUACACAGAGGUGAGGAGCCAACCAACACUCUGUCUUGGUUCACAGUGUAACUUGCAGUAGUAACUGGAUUCACCUGGUUUUUUGAAACUGAAAACCCAGGCUAUGCACAUCCCUACCUUUGAACUGACUCUGCGUUGGCUCUUAUCCCACUUUCUGAAACGGGGCCAGAUGGCUGAGGUGGUUUUUGUCAUGAAGUGUGGUGGUGGAACUGGUGAGGGAAACGCAGCAGACCCAGAUGAGAUGUAAGAUGAUGAGUUUAAUAGUGACACAUAACCAGAGACAGUCCAAAAACCUGGCAGCACUGCUGAGUGGAGGCUAAUGCUCAUCACAGGUAGCAACAGGAAACACGAAUGGACAAAACUGACGCCAAAUGAGACAAGGACCCAACAACGACAGACACACAGGUGACACUAAAUACACAGAAGGUAAUCGGGGAAUGAGACACACCUGGGAAACAAUCAAGGGGAGGACAUGACAACACAGAGACACAGGAAACUCGAAAUAAAUACACAGAAAAAUCCAAAUCCUCACAGUUUUGGAGGCAAACAAACACACAUAUAUUCACCUUCUUGCUGGAAAUGUGAUUGUAUAAUAGACAAAUUAAUAAUUUGAAAUAAACUGGAACAAAAAUUUCAAAAUGUGUGGUCUAGGAAUGGAAAAAGCCAGGUAGAAAAUCUGGAAACAAGUUGGUAAAGUUGGGAAUUGAUCCAGAGGCAGACUGAGGUAUUUCUUAGAUCACCAAUGAUUUGUUUUAAUUUGAAUCACCAUUUGGUCACUAAGAUGAGAGAGAAACAGUAUUUGUUUUCUAACAUUUUGUUUAGACAUUUCCAAGAGUAAAAUGUGAUCUGUGAAUUUUCCACUCAGCUGUCCACAUCUUAAUUAAACAUAGCUAAAUAUUAAACUUGUUUAUGAACUUUAUGCCAUUACAGUUUAACCAUUGAAAGUUUUGCCAUUAAACACUGUUUAAAGAAGAAACAACACUUGUCCUGGCUACUUCCAGUCUAUGAACUGCCGACCUUCAGAGCUUCUGCUGCUGCGUUAGGAGUCACCUUUGUUGUUGUCAUCGCUGAUGGCUUCAUAAAUGUGGGCAUAACAUCUCCUUAUUUAUUUGUAUGCAUGUCCAAUUAAUUAGAAAAAAAAUCCCAAAAAUAAGUACCCAAUUCUUGUUUUUUUAUUUUUAAAUACUCCACUAUGGAAAUUUAAGAAUAAAUAAAAUCCUUCAAAGCAGAUAUCAAUGAUAUUCAUGGUCACAGUGAUUGCAUGUACAUCUCUGCUGUUUGUCCCUCUCAAUUUUUGAAAAUGUAUUUAUUUAUUUUUUGUAAUCUGCCUUGGAUUGAAAUUGUUAUAAGCAGAUUUAACACAGAUUAUAGCGUUAAUAGCAAAAGCAGCCUGUUCACUAGGUAGUUGACUAUAUCGCAUCAUGAGAUCAGAGGGAGCUUCGCCACAUUGUCUGACAUACUUUCCUUCUCUAUCUCAUAUGGGUCCAUCCUGACUGCAACAAUUUUGUUUAUGCACAUUGGUUGAGUGUCCAGAUAUUUUCUUUUUUGUUGGUCUCGAAGCCAUGGGUCUGCUAUACAUUACGCAAGCAAACAGUGUUAGUAUACUAAGACAGUGUGGAUCACUUCUGUUCAGACUUGUGGGAACUAUAUAUAGGGCUUUUUGUAGUCAAAUAGUUCAUAGAUACAUGUAUAUUCAUCUCAUCCUGAGAUCUAAUUUUGAAUCUCUCUUCACGUUUGUUUUCAAGCUACUGGCCAACAUUGUGAUCUAUAUUUGUGCCAUCACCGUGGGUGUCACAUCGUACUACAUGGCUGACCGGAAGCAUCGAAAGGCUUUUCUGGAAGCAAGACAGUCACUGGAGGUUAAACUUAACCUAGAAGAGCAAAGCCAGCAACAGGAACGUCUCCUGCUCUCCAUUCUUCCCAAGCAUAUAGCUGAUGAGAUGCUUCAGGAUAUGAAGAAGGAGCCCAGUCAAAAAGAGAUGCAACAGUUCAACACCAUGUACAUGUACAGGCAUGAAAAUGUCAGUAUUCUGUUUGCAGACAUUGUGGGUUUCACCCAGCUGUCGUCAUCUUGCAGUGCCCAGGAGCUGGUGAAGCUGCUCAAUGAGCUUUUUGCUCGUUUUGACAAGCUGGCUGCUAAAUAUCAUCAAUUGAGGAUCAAAAUCCUGGGAGACUGCUAUUACUGCAUCUGUGGACUUCCAGAAUACAGGGGAGACCAUGCUGCCUGCUCCAUCAGGAUGGGCCUGGCUAUGGUAGAUGCUAUCUCGUAUGUCCGUGAAAAAACCCAAACCAAUGUUGAUAUGAGGGUUGGAGUGCAUAGUGGAACCGUACUUGGAGGAGUGCUGGGACAGAAACGCUGGCAGUAUGAUGUUUGGUCUACAGAUGUCACAGUAGCCAACAAAAUGGAAGCAGGAGGCAUUCCAGGACGUGUUCACAUCUCACAAAGUACCAUGGAGUGUCUUCAUGGAGAGUUCGAUGUGGAGCCAGGAAAUGGAGGCGAUCGCUGUGACUACCUGAGGGAGAGAGGUAUUGAGACCUACCUGGUGACUGUUCCUAAAGAUCCCCUGGGAAGAAAUGGAAUCAGUCCUGUGAAGCUGUCAGUAACCUCUUCUAAUGGAAAUUCCCCACUAUUAAUCAACACAACAGAGUGUAACGGCAGCGUGGAGGCAGCCUGCAACACACCUGAAGAACCAGAAGAGUUGGACACAAGGGUAGUGAACCCAUCUUUUCCAAAUCCACGGAGGAGGCUCCGACUGCGGGACCUGGCUGAACGGGUGAUUGAUGCCCAAGAGAAUGAGCAAGAGCUCAACAAGUUGCUUAAUGAGGCUCUGUUGGAGAGAGAAACAGUUCAAGCUCUGAAGGGAAAACACACCAACAGGCUUUCUUUGAGGUUUGUGGAUCCAGACCUAGAGGUUCGUUAUUCCAUUGAGAAGGAGAAGCAGAGCGGUGCUGCCUUCUGUUGCUCCUGUGUUGUUCUUCUCUUUACUUCAGUCAUGGAGGCACUCAUAGACCCCAGGCUCAUUAUAAACUACAUCACCUUUGCAGUGGGAGAGAUUUUACUGUUUAUCCUGACAAUCUGCUCUCUUGCGGCCAUCUUUCCAGGAGUCUUUCCCAAAAAGUUGGUGUCUUUCUCAAUCUGGAUUGACCACACCCGUUGGGCUCGAAAUACGUGGGCCAUUGCAGCCAUUUUCAUCUUAACCAUGGCAGACCUUUUAGAUAUGCUCAGUUGUACACCUGGAGUCCCAGAUUCAGGUAGCACCACAGCGGCUCCGUUUUCUUCCUCAUCUUCACAGUCCAUCCUUGGAGGAUGCCUGAAUAACCCCAAAUAUUACAGCUUUAUAGCAGUGCUUGCACUAAUAGCCACUACCAUGCUAGUUCAGGUCAGCCACAUGGUCAAGCUUACACUGAUGCUACUUAUAACAGCAACUACUGGCAUCGUUAACAUCUACAGUUGGAGAGACAUCUUUGACCACUACGACAUGGUUCGCUUCCAAGAAUACAGCUCAGAGAUGGUUCCCUCCAAGUUCACCAUGACAGUUAUGAUCUUCAUUAUGAUGGUCAGCUUCUAUUACUUCUCCAGACAUGUGGAGAAGCUUGCUCGUACACUUUUCUUAUGGAAGAUAGAAGUCCAUGAGCAGAAGGAGAAAGUAUAUGAAAUGAGGCGCUGGAAUGAAGCUCUUGUAACAAACAUGUUACCCGAACACGUGGCUCGACACUUCCUGGGUUCCAAGAAAAGGGAUGAGGAGUUGUACAGCCAGUCAUACGAUGAGAUUGGUGUCAUGUUUGCCUCAAUUCCCAACUUCUCUGACUUUUACACAGAGGAGAGCAUCAACAAUGGUGGCAUUGAAUGUCUUCGGUUCCUCAACGAGAUCAUCUCAGACUUUGAUAGUCUACUGGAUGAGCCCAAAUUUCGCUACAUCACAAAGAUCAAGACCAUUGGGAGCACAUACAUGGCAGCAUCUGGUGUCACCUCUGAUGUCAAUGAUGGUUACAAGUGCAUGAAGAAGGAAGAGCAGUCUGACAGAGAGCGGUGGCAGCACCUGGCAGACUUGGCAGACUUUGCUCUGGCCAUGAAGGUGACACUAAUGAACAUCAACUACCAGUCAUUCAACAACUUCAUGCUACGCAUUGGCCUGAACAAAGGAGGAGUGCUAGCUGGAGUGAUUGGUGCCCGGAAACCCCACUAUGACAUCUGGGGAAACACUGUGAAUGUGGCCAGUCGGAUGGAGUCCACAGGAGUGAUGGGAAACAUCCAGGUAGUGGAGGACUGCUAUAAUAUUUUGAAGGAGUAUGGCUUCCGCUUUGUGAGAAGAGGACCCAUCUUUGUAAAGGGAAAAGGAGAACUGCUCACUUAUUUUCUUAAAGGAAGAGACAAACAGGGCUCAUUUAUUAAUGGUUCAUCCGUCACUCUACCACAUCAAGUAGUAGAUAGUUAAGGUUUUCGGAUCUUUAGUCAAACUCUUCCUUUUCCCAUCAGUCACUUCUACAUUGCUUUGAACCCUGUAACAGGCAAAGGAGAAACGAUUUGACAACCAAAAUUUAUUUUAAAGGUUUAAAAGUACAAUUAUGUAUCACAAUUUCAGAAAUUUCUAUCUGUCUGCAACACUUCAGAAAGAUGGAAAGAUAGAUGAGCAGAUACAGUGUGGGGGGUGGGGGGGGGGGUAUUUAGUCAGCCACCAAUUGUGCAAUUUAAAGAUGAGAGAUGCCUGUAAUUAACAUCACAGGUAGACCUCACCUAUCAGUCAAAAUGUGAAAACAUCUAGAAAAUCACAUUGUCUGAUUUUUUAAAAUAAUUUAUUUGCGAAUUAUGGUGGAAAAUAAGUAUCUGGUCAAUAACAAACAAGCAAGAUUUCUGCAUCUCACAGCCCUAUAACUUCUGUAAGAAGAAUGAAUGGGGUCAUUUGUCCUGAGAUUUUGAGUGCAAACAUAAUUCCAUCAGCAAGCUGGAAGUGACUGGGUCUUUCAGCUUGACAAUGAUCCCAAGCACACCGCCAUGGCAACGGAGGAGUGGCUUCGUAAGAAGCAUUUCAAGGUCCUGAAAUGCUUCUCGCCAGUUUCCAGAUCUCAACCCGUGAAAGUCCGUGUUGCCCAGCGACAGCCCCAAAACAUCCCUGCUUCAGAGAUCUGCAUGCAGGAAUGGUCCAACAUACCAGCAACAGUGUGCGCCAACUUCGUGAAGACUUACAGAAAACGUUUGACCUCUGUCAUUGCCAACAAAAGAUAUAUAACAAAGUAUUAAGAUUAACUUUUGUUAUUGACAAAAUACUUAUUUUCCACCAUAAUUCGCAAAUAAAUUCUUAAAAAAAUUAGAUAAUGUGAUUUUCUAGAUAUGUUCUCUCUUUUUGUCUCUCAUACUGGAGGUCAAUAUGAUGUCAAUUGUUGGCCUCUCAUCUUUUUAGGUGGGAGAACUUGUACAAUUGGUGGCUGACUAAAAACUUUUUUCCUCACUGUAGUGUUCAUGCUGAAUUUUUAUGCUACUUUUAAAAUAAAUUAAAUAAAUCAUAACAGGGGCGUGCUGUGGUGGCGUAGGGGAUAACAUGACCAACAUUUGGAGGCCUUCAGUCCUCGACGCGGUGGUCGCGGGUUCGAUUCCUGGACCUGGCCGACGUUUGCCGCAUGUCUUCUCCCUAUCUUUCCCCCUUUCCUAUCAGCCUACUUUCGAAUAAGGGACAGUAGAGCCCACAAAAAGACCCCCUGGCGGGGAAAAAAAACAUAUUAAUAAUUCAUAACAGUAUUACUUAGAAAUGCCAUUUAGUAGUGUCAUGCGUAGCUUAUACCAUAUAUUUAGACAAACCAUUUAAAACAACACAUUUGUUACUGUUGUUGGAGUUUAAAUGGAUUAAGCUUUUGAUUUUUUAGGUCAGUUAGGAUUAGAGAAAUAUUAACACAGAAGGAGUCUGUGGUAUUUGCUGUAUGGGUUAUCACAAAGUAACGGCCAUCACAAAGUCCCGAUUUGAAUCCCUAAGAAACCACAGAGGACAGUGAUGUCACCUCACACUGCUGUCUGUGGAAACACCCAUUUUUUGGAUGCAUCAGAAAUGGGAAAGUUGAGAGAGAGAGAACUGGUGGACUGCUUUGUAUAAAGUGCAAAAACAACAAUACAUCUUAAAUGUGAAAAAAAAAAACUGGAAUUGAUUUGAGACUUUUGGGAAAAUAUGAGUUCCUAAAAUACUAUUUACAACUUGGGAGUGGAUGAAAAGAAUAAAUACCUUGUUAUAUACAGAAACAACAUACUGGACAGAAUCUGUGUACAAGAGAGAACUGUACUUGAGAAAGUUUAGGUCCUUCAGUACACUGUCUGGGUUUCCAAGUCAAGUCUCCAACCUCUGUAAUAAAUAUUUUCUCAUCAAAUCUAUGACAUCUAGUGCACCUCUAACUACAUCAUUAUGGUAUAGGAAUCCAAACCUGUGCUAGUUUUCCUCAAGCUUAACUGCUAUAUGAACAUUUAUUACUUCUCUUUAAAUCUAGUAAUUAAAAACUAAUUUUUAGCAAGACUGGAUUAGAAGAAGUAACAAAUUCAUUAAAAUCUUGCAAAAAAACAAAAACAAAGCAAAACACAACUAAAUACAAAGUCAAAGGAGUCUGAAACUUGCUCUAGCCAACAAGAAGAAUUUGUUACAGCAGGCUGGGACUGUUUGUGUAUGACUUUAUACUGUUUUAAAAGUCCAUCAAAUAUUGUAUUUACCCCUUCAGCAAACUAGUUUUCUUAAAUAAGAGUUUGUUCCAAAAUGUAAUCUUGAAUUGCAGUUUGUUUUUAUGCACUAACAAAAUGAGAGAUAUUAAGACCUUCUAAUGCCGAAUUUCUAGAUGAAUCAAAAACAAAGUGUAUUUUGUCCGUGUGAUGACAGUUAACACCUGUUUAUCUAUGUCUUUGUAUUUGGCACGUCUUCACUAUUUAUUGGAUUAAAUAUUGUUUGGGGAGUUUCAUUUCCUUCAGUCUGAGCUGAAAAUCUUCCAAUAAAAAUGUGGAUUAUGUAAAUCCACAUUUAAAACAUUGUAAAUGUUCUGAAAAAACUCCAAAUCUUUCAAAACAAUCAAAGUUGUUCAGAUUUAAGGUAUAUAUGACAAUAUACUGAGCGAGGCACAGUGUAGUAAUGAAUAUGAUUAUUGAACUUCUUAAGGAAUGAAACCAAAAAUGCUUUCUUACCAAAAGUAUUGUUGUAGUGGAAGGAUUAUCUUAACUGGAAGAGAUUACCGGAGGUAUUGUGUUGUAAAAUUAUCCAAUAUAAUUUAAUACAGCGUUCAGUUGGAGAGAUGUUCAUGUGACAUUAUUGUAAAGUCACAGCUAACAUGGACAGUCCAUAAUCCCAGAGUCCUGACCUGAAUCUUAUGGAGAUGCUGUAGCAUGAACUUAAAAAGGCAGUUCAUGCUGGAAAAACUUCCAAUGUGGCUGAAAUACAACAAGUCUCCAAAGAUGAGCGGAACAAAAUUUCUCAAAAGGAAGACACUGCAAAUUAUUACAAAUGCUUGAUUGCAGUUGUUGCUGCUAAGGGUGGCCCAACCAGGUAUUAGGUCUAGGAGCAAUCACUUUUUUUAACAGAGGUCCACAGAGAUUUGGAUUUGUUUUCUCCCUUAAAGGGGCAGCAUUAUGUUUUUUCCAAGCACAUAGUACCACUUUAGAGCACAAUCAAAUAACUGUGUUACCUUAAGUUGUUAUAAAAAUGCUAUGUCAAAAAUAACUUAAAAGAAUUUUGACUUUGUAAUUAAACCCUUGAAAUUGGGCGUCUGCCACCUUAAAACUUACCCUCUUUCUGAAACUCUGCCUUCAGAAAGCUCAACCGCAUUCCUUUAUUAACUCUUUACAAUCAUUUUUACCAGUGUUGCACUGAGAUAUGAUGAGCUCAGUAGAUGUACCUUUUCACUGUUUGCAAUUGCUGCUGAUUAGUCCGAAAGAGUUCUUUGGAAGAGUCAUUGAUUUUACAUAAUACUGCCCCUUUAAUUAAUAAACAUCUUCAUUUAAAAUCUG